GCAGACAGCAACACAGGCGACAGAGGAAGGACAUUCAUCUUAUUAGACAUGAGUCACAGACAUUAAUACAUUAAUUACAAUUGUCUCCCAUGAGACUUUACUUCUAAUUACAAACUGAGCUUCAAACAAGAACAACCACAAGGAAGUCUUCUACAAUACAUCAUUCCUGAAGAACUUCAACCCUCUCGCAGUUUUAUGACCUUCUGUUGGCCAAUCACCUUCUGUUCAAGAGAGGUGGGUGGUUGAUAAAAGCAGAAACAUCAGAGCAGUACGAUUCAGAAAAGGACUGCAUCCACUGGCUGAUCUAAAAAACACAUUGCAGCUGUAGCAGCCACACUUUCGGGGAUUUUAUCCAGCCUGCAAACUUGGAAACAGUCACUGAAGGUGAGUCACUGGACCUUUAUGCAAAGGAGGGUUACAUAAUAGUGCAAUUGAAUCGACACUGCUGCAGAAGAUUGUGCCAAAUGCAGAAAGAACACAGUGACAUUUUGUGCAGCAAAGAAGACCCUGAAAAACAUUACAGCUUUUGAGUGGUGGAAAAACAACAUCAGCUUAAGAAUUGCCCAUUACAGCCGAAGGAAGACUGCUAACAGCCCUCACUGGGGAGCCAAGAUGUGGUUCUCCUGGAUGCUGCUUCUGGCUUCUCUAGCUCUGUCCACAGCUUCGUCAAGAAGUCGUGAGUGGGCUCAUCAUGGAGCUGCGAUGUUUGCCGAUCUCACUCCCCAAGAGAUGAAUGCCGUGAGAGACUACCUCUACUCCUGCAGCGAGCUGGGCCUCACCUCGGCACGAGACAAGUCCCUCAAGAAGAACAGCAUCCUCCUUAUGGAGCUGCAUGUUCCUCGCAAGCACGAGGCGCUGCGUGUGCUGGACAGAGGACAGGCAAAACCUUCACGGCAGGCACGUGUGGUGGUGCAGUUUGGCAACCAAGCAGUGCCAAAUGUGACGGAGUACAUCGUCGGACCCACAUCUUUCCCGAGGUCUUACCAGGUGAAGACGUUCAAGGGCGACCGUCCAAUCCGUUUCGAGUCCAGGCCGAUCUCCACUGUGGAGUAUGAGCAUCUCAGUAAGGUUUUGGAGAAGGUAGGCGCUAAAGCAAACAAGAUUCUGCAAGAGAGCACCGGGUUUACUUACGGCAACUGCACUAAUCGUUGCUUGACCUUCUCGGACAUUGCUCCUCGUGGGUUGGCGCCAGGAGAGAGGAGGACGUGGAUCAUGCUGCAGAAGUUUGUGGAAGGCUACUUCAUCCACCCGGUGGGCUUUGAGGUCCUCGUUAACCACAAAGAUUUGGAUCACGAAAAGUGGACUGUAGAGAAGGUGUGGUACAACGGGCAGUAUUUCAACAGCGUGGAGGAACUUGUGGAGAAGUAUGAGAAGGGGACGAUCGAUAAACUCAAGCUGCCGGAGCAUGAUGAGGAAGAUCUUUACUCAACCUACGUUCCUCGUGGACACAUGAAUUCACCAACGAACAUUCAUGGAGCAAAGCUUGUUGAACCCCAAGGCCGGAGAUUUCAGGUGGAUGGGAACUUUGUGGAAUAUGCUGGAUGGUCCUUCGCCUAUCGGGUUCGUUCUUCGGCCGGGUUGCAGAUCUUUGACCUACGCUUCAAUGGGGAGAGAAUUGCUUAUGAAAUCGCACUGCAAGAAGCCAUUGCCUUCUACUCCGGAGAUUCUCCGGCUGCCAUGCAAACCAAAUACAUUGAUGCCGGAUGGGCGAUGGGCACUUCGGAUUUUGAGUUGUCACCUGGGAUCGACUGUCCAGAAAUUGCUCAUUUUGUAGACCUUUAUCAUUACUAUGACUCAGACAAACCUGUGCGUUACAGAAACGCACUUUGCAUUUUUGAAAUGACCACAGCGCUUCCUCUGAGGAGACACUUCAAUAGCAACUUCCAUGGAGGCUUCAAUUUCUAUGGAGGCUUGGAAAACCAUGUUCUGGUGAUCAGAACUACGUCUACGGUGUACAACUACGACUACAUCUGGGACUUUGUCUUCUACCAGAAUGGCGUAAUGGAGUCUAGAGUGAGUGCGACUGGGUACAUCCAUGCAACGUUCUUCACUGAAAAUGGAUUGAACUAUGGAACCAAGGUUUACAACUAUGUUCUUGGCAACUUGCACACCCAUCUAAUUCAUUACAAAGUGGACCUUGACAUUGCAGGGAGGGACAACAGCUUUGAAAGCAUUGAUCUGAAAUAUGUUAACUUCACCAACCCCUGGAGCCCAGAACACACCGUUGUGCAAUCAAAACUGCACAGGACUCAGCAUGAAACUGAACGUAGUGCUGCCUUCCGCUUUGGCAAGAAGUUUCCUAAAUACUUACACUUCUACAAUCCCAAUCAAAACAACAAGUGGGGGCAUAAGAAAGGCUAUCGGAUCCAGUAUAACUCGCACGCUAACAGCGUUUUGCCCCGGGGCUGGAGGGAGGAAAAUGGUAUUCCGUGGUCAAGAUACCCGUUGGCUGUAACCAGACAUAAGGACAAUGAGGCCACCAGCUCUAGCAUCUAUACUCAGAAUGACCCUUGGGAGCCUGUUGUUUCCUUUGAAGAAUUCAUUCGCAACAAUGAAAACAUUGUUAACCAGGAUUUGGUUGCCUGGGUGACGGUGGGAUUCUUACACAUUCCUCAUUCUGAAGACAUUCCCAACACAGCGACUCCAGGAAACGCAGUGGGAUUCUUCCUGCGUCCCUUCAACUUUUUCGACGAGGACCCCUCGCUCGCGUCCCGCAGCACGAUCAUUGUGAGACCAGAUGAGAAGGGCCAGCCGAAGGUUCAGAGAUGGACUCCAGAGGUCGUAGGUCACUGUGUCUCAGACAAGCCUUUCUUCUACAAUGGCACUUACGCUGGAGUCUAGACAGAGACUGAGCCCGUUUCGUGUUAUGUUAGUGUUUUUGUGAUGUAUAUACAAUUAUCAAAAUCUGAAAUCUGUGACAAUAAAUUCUGAUGGUGUCAAAUAUUUACAGCCAUAAAAAAAUGGAGUGCACUUUUUACAUCACACAGGGAGCUGAACAAAUAAACCUCAAAUGCUUUAAAUGUAGAACAUAUAAAAACCUCAUAAGCUUCUUUCAUUUUUCACAAGCUAAAUAUGGUAAAGAUCAGUAUGGCAAUAAGAAUGUUUGAAUAUAAAUCUCACAAAUAAAUGUUGUUGUCAUAUUUCAAUCCAAAAAUAAAUAAAAAAAUUACAAAAUUAUAUUAAAAUGCAGGAUUUUAAGGCUAUUUUGUACAUUUAUGUUGUUAUAUUAUUAUCAUGACCGUUUAGUAAAAAUUCUCUUCUUUUUUUUAAUGAGCAUAAAUUAAAUUCUGUAAGACAAAUCUGACC